AGUUAGAAAAAAGCUUUUACGAGGUAUCAGCACUUUUCUUUCAUUAGGGGGAAGGCGUGAGGAAAGUACCAAACAGCAGCAGAGUUUUAAACUUUAAAUAGACAGGUCUGAGUGCCUGAACUUGUCUUUUCAUUUUACUUCAUCCUCCAAGAAGUUCAAUCACUUGGCGUGCCUACUUCACUUCUUUUAAGCGAAAGAGUGGUACCCAAGCAAUAUGGGUGACUGGAGUGCCUUAGGCAAGCUCCUCGACAAGGUUCAAGCCUACUCCACUGCUGGAGGGAAGGUGUGGCUGUCAGUCCUUUUCAUUUUCCGAAUCCUGCUUCUGGGGACAGCAGUUGAGUCAGCUUGGGGCGAUGAGCAAUCUGCCUUUCGUUGUAACACUCAACAACCUGGUUGUGAAAAUGUCUGCUAUGACAAAUCUUUCCCAAUUUCUCAUGUGCGCUUCUGGGUCCUGCAGAUCAUAUUUGUGUCUGUACCCACACUCUUGUACCUGGCUCAUGUGUUUUAUGUGAUGAGAAAGGAAGAGAAACUAAACAAGAAAGAGGAGGAACUCAAAGUUGCCCAAACUGAUGGGGUCAAUGUCGAGAUGCACUUGAAGCAGAUUGAAAUAAAGAAGUUUAAGUAUGGUAUUGAAGAGCAUGGCAAAGUGAAAAUGCGAGGAGGCUUGCUGCGAACCUACAUCAUCAGUAUCCUCUUCAAGUCUGUUUUCGAGGUGGCCUUCUUGCUGAUCCAGUGGUACAUCUAUGGCUUUAGCCUGAGUGCUGUUUACACUUGCAAAAGAGAUCCCUGCCCACAUCAAGUGGACUGCUUCCUCUCUCGUCCCACUGAAAAAACCAUCUUCAUCAUCUUCAUGCUGGUGGUGUCCCUGGUAUCUCUUGCCUUGAAUAUCAUCGAACUCUUCUAUGUCUUCUUCAAGGGUGUUAAGGAUCGUGUGAAGGGCAAGAGUGAUCCUUACCAUGCUACCACUGGCCCAAUGAGCCCCUCUAAAGACUGUGGAUCUCCAAAAUAUGCUUAUUUCAAUGGCUGCUCUUCACCAACUGCUCCCCUUUCGCCCAUGUCUCCUCCCGGGUACAAGCUGGUUACUGGCGACAGAAAUAAUUCUUCUUGCCGCAAUUACAACAAGCAAGCAAGUGAACAAAACUGGGCCAAUUACAGUGCAGAACAAAACCGAAUGGGGCAGGCAGGAAGCACCAUCUCUAACUCCCAUGCACAGCCUUUUGAUUUCCCUGAUGAUAACCAGAAUUCUAAAAAACUAGCUGCUGGACAUGAACUACAGCCCCUAGCCAUUGUGGACCAGCGACCUUCAAGCAGAGCCAGCAGUCGCGCCAGCAGCAGACCUCGGCCUGAUGACCUGGAGAUCUAAUACAGGGUUGAGAGCAUCAAGAUUCCACUCAACGUGGGGAUGAAGCAAAGGUGCUAUAGAAAGUGCACCUUAGGUGUUAAUUUUGUUCCAGUGGAGGUGGUACUCAACAGCCUCAGUCAUGAGGCUUAGAAAACACAAAGACUUUAGGAUACCUAGGUUCAUUGGGGGUGUCUGGGGUAGGUGGGUGGAGAGGGAGGGGAUCUGAGAGGUACAUGUUGAUAUUUAAUGUAGUGGAUUCAAAGAACUUAAAUUCUGAAUAAGAGUUCCAUUAAGUGAUACAUAGGUAAGGGCUUUUUCUUCACCACCCUGCCCCCACUGCCUCCUGACACCCCUAAGAAUGGUUCUGUGUAUGUGAAAGAGUGGGUGAUAACAGUGGCUAAAUAUAUAUGUAUUUUUUGUUUUACCAAGAAACCGAAAUAACUUAAGCCAGGAAUAUAUACUCCCUGAACAUCUUUUUUCUUUGCAACAACAACAAAAGCAGAUGGGAGGAUAGUCCUUAAUGUCCCUGCUAAGACAUUCCAAUAUUAAAAUUUGCACUUUGAAGGGCAGCUUUCUAGGCCUGACCCUCUAGGUGUCAGUAGACUCGUACUACUAUAUGUUUUAUUUUUGGUAUCAUUAAACAUUCAGACAAGGCCCACAGAAAAAGGUUUUCCAUGCAUUUGCAAAUCUCAGCAUUCUAUAUGCAUUCUUUUUUCAUCCACCUGCAUCAUAUCAUUACCAUCACUUUUUGAUCAUUCCUCAACUACUAUUCACAUUCAUUUAAUGGUUUCUCUAAACAUUUUUAAGACAGUUGGGAUGUCAUUUAACAUUUUUUUGAGUUAGAGUCAGGGAAGCAAGCCAUGCUUAAUAUUUAA